GCUGCAGCCGCUGCAAAGUGCCUCUGCAACGCCGACUGGUGCAAGAGAUUGGCGUGAAGACACUGCCCACAACUCGCCUUUGCACCUCUGCUAGUAAGAAGAACCGAACAGCACCAAUGCGGCCAGCACUCCUGCUGGCAGCAUUGCUGCAAGUGACAGCACUGGGCCCAACAACCGUGCCCUGUUCCAACAAAGACGUGGCGAACGGCAUAAGAGACGGCCUCCAGUCGGCCCUACGUAGUCGAAAAUCAAGACUCGCGGUCGAGCUGCCGCCAGGCGCGCCGCUCGCCCUGCGCGGCGGCGACGACGACGCGGGCUUCGGCUGGUUCAAGAAGAAGGAGACGGAGACGGCGAAGAUCGUCAAGGGCGACCGCGCGCUGGCCGACUUCCUGUCGCUGCUCUUCCCGGACGAUUUCAAGAUUGGCGCGGUGUAUGCCUCGGAAGAAGCGGCCGUGGCCGCGGCCGCCGCGGACAAGACGAAAGGGGCACGCGCGCUCAUCGCGGCGCUGAACCCCGACGGAGCUGUAAGUGUAGGCGGCGGCGCCAAGAAAGUGAAGAAGAAGUCGCGGCGCAAGCCAAAAACAACAGCUUCCGGCUUCGGUGCGUCAUCAGCCACAGUCGUGGAGGCCCCGAAGAAGCUCUGGUGCCCGGCGCUCGGGCUCCCGGAGCCGUGCGAAGUGAUCUUGAUUAUCGGUGGACUCGACGCGCAAUGUGCAGAGACCGUCGACGCUGCGGCCAAUGAACUCGGCGACGACGUCGCGAUCGUGCUGUGCAAUUCGAGGAGGGACGGCCUGUCCGCGCGGCCCGGUUCGAUCGAGGGCGACGCCAUGUGGCUGCCGGCCUUCGCGCUGUCGCCGCCGCCGCCGCCCGCUUCUGGUGAUGACGCGUCGGAUCUCGUGGCGGCCUUUUCCCACCCCGGGCCCUGGGCCAUCGGCAAGCCCAAGGCCAUCGGGGGCGGCGCGGACACGCUCUGGACCGGCGACGCGCCCCCUUCCUCAACAGAUGUGGACGCGGCGCUGGCCGCGGUCGACGACCCGCUCGCGGGCGUCAAGAACAUGUUCUCUAGAUAAGACACAUUUA